GGGGGCCCUGCAUCUACUGACAUGUCCAAUCAGAUCGACCCAUUCGAGACGAGGUCCGAAGUUCAGUGAUUGGCGAUUUUCGCCCUUGUUAUGAGAGUGGCGGUAAAUAUACCAACCUUACCAGCCAGGGCCCCAAAACCCAUGUUUCGCUGCAACCUGGAUGCCUGGCGUCAUGCCAUGGCCGUCGGUUUUCAUACCAACCACUUGGUGAGGUAAAAUCAAAUGUUACACUGGAAUCUGGAGAAUACACCGAUAAAUACAGUGAGACGGGUCGCUACGUACCGGCAUCAUGACGUGCAGUACUUCACCGAUGUGGAAACUCGCCUGUGUUGAGUAGGAAGUUGGGCGGCGUCCCCUGUAGCUGACUGCAGCACACUGGCUUCGUGUCUUGCUCGUUAUCGCGAUGCACUGGCAGCCUCUCGAUCAGGUAGCAAUGGUCUUGACGGACUACUAUUGCAACUAUGCGCUCAGCCUACCAUACCCCCUCUUCUUGGUCGCAUGGUGGCUGAGAAAGCCCCUGUCGACACCUCGACAGUCGCCACAUGGAGAGGCGGGGUGCAGUCCACAUUCUCUCUCUAUCACUAUAGACAUUUUGGGCCCAAGGUCCAAGCCAAGCCAGCGCUAUUCAAGGUACAUUGCUAUCCUCCUCGGAGACCUUGAUGGCAAAUAGUUUCCGAAUCCCGCAUCACACAUUAUUGUGACUGCCGCCUCUUCCUACACCAGGCUGUGCAAAAGC